UUGUCGUAUUGUUCCUUGUGUUAGGGUUUUCUCCGAAAGCUAGGGUUUGUGUGGCAAUGGGAAGGUACCGAAGCCGGAGCAGAAGCUAUAGCCCUCGCCGGCGAAGCAGGACCCCACCGCGUGGACGCAAGCGCUAUGUCGAUGAUCGCUACGCUGACAGCAGGUCUUACAGAGACCGCCGCUCACCCCUUCCCUCCGGCUUGCUUGUUCGUAAUCUCCCCCUUGACGCUAGGCCUGAGGAUCUUAGGAUUCCAUUUGAGCGCUAUGGUCCUGUGAAGGAUGUUUAUCUUCCUAAAAAUUACUACACUGGUGAGCCCCGUGGUUUUGGAUUUGUAAAAUAUCGAUAUGGUGAAGAUGCGGCUGAGGCAAAGCAACAUCUUAAUCAUACUAUCAUUGGUGGCCGUGAAAUUAGAAUUGUUUUUGCCGAGGAAAAUAGGAAAACUCCUCAAGAAAUGCGUGUUAAUUCUCGAGGAAGUGGUCGAUAUGGAGGUGGUGGUGGUGGUAGAAGGAGGAAUCGCUCUAGAUCCCCACGGCGCCGAUAUCAUUCCUACUCUCGGUCUCCGUCACCGGCUCGGGAUGAUUCAAGGGAUGACAGGGGUAGGGAUGAUUAUUAUUCUCCUGAGCGUUCAAGAUCUUAUUCUAGGUCUCCCUCUCCUAGUGGUGGGAAGGACUACAGGAAGUCCCCACAUCCCAGGGAGAAUGGCCGGAGUCCUAAUGACAAGAAGGAUCAGACACCUAGCAGAUCCCCGAGUCCUAGGGGUAAUGAUCGCAGUCCUUCAAGGUCUCGUUCACGAUCAUACAGUCCACGCUGAUUUGCCAUCAAGCAGAGAUUUGAAGGUGGUUAAUUCAGUCUUUCUUGUGGCUAAAACUACGACAUUUUCAAAGAUACAAAUGUAGCUAAACAAAGUAUGUGAUGUUAAUAUUAGUAGUCCGUAGGCGGCAAUCCCAUCAGAUGACUUGGUUUUGUCAUUUUGAAUGACUUGGAUUAGACUGUUUCAUCGGUUUUCAAUUUUCGGAUACUUUGUUCAUGAAUUAUAUCUAUAUAUGUUUCCUCCAACUAUUUUUGUG